AUGCCAGUUGAAAGUGGCAAUCAAUCGACAAUAAAAGAAAAUUGUUCAACAAUUUUAUUGAAUACACCAGAAUUUCAUGCCGAAUUAACAAAUUUAUUAAUCUCUGAAGGCAAUAAAGAAUCACUUGAAACACUCUCAAAUCUACUUCUACCAAUAACUAAACUUGAUGCAACAGCUUGUAAAGGUCCUGUUCUACCUGUAAAUGAUAUACGUGGUAUUGAUAGUCGUUCGUAUGCUAAGAACGAACGGUAUUUACGAUGUAAGUUAGCUUCGCUUCAUCGAGUUAUUGAUCUUUAUGGUUGGAAUUGUGGUACUUGUUCUAAUCAUGCAUCCAUCCGGGUUAAUAAUAGUGCAGAUCAAUUUCUUAUUAAACCUAUUGGCUUAGCUUUUCAUGAGAUAACUGGCUCAUCUCUUAUUAAAAUUGAUUCUAAUGGUUCAAUCAUCGAUGCUGGUAGUACAACAUUCGGUGUCAAUGCACUUAGUUUUUCAUUAUAUUCAUUUGUUUAUAAACACCGUCCAGAUAUUAAUUGUAUAAUUCAUGUUCAAACGCCAGCUGCAACCGCUGUUUCUGCGAUGAAAUGUGGUCUUUUAUCGCUCAGUCAAGAAUCAUUGGUAUGUGGUAAAGCAACAACACAUUCAAUUGAUAUUGAUUUGACAACAAAUCGUUUAUCGCUUGAUGCAAAUGUUCAGCAAUCAACAGCCAAAAUUCUUAUACUUCCAAAUUAUGGAAUAUUAGCUUGUGGUUCAACCGUAGAAGAAGCAUGGCAUAUAACGUUCAAUCUAAUAUUAGCAUGUGAAUCACAAUUAAGAACUGUUUCAGUCGGUCUUCAUAAUAUAAUUUUACCAUCGGAAGAUUCAAUGAAACAAGUAACCAAUACGGUUAAUGCAGGUGGUGGUGGAGUCAAUACAACGGAUGUUAAAUGGGCUGUUGGCGAACUUGAAUGGUCAACAUUAAUGAUCGUUUUAGAUCGAGCUGGCUACCAUACUGGUUACAUCUAUCGUGAACCGUUGAUUCGAUUCAUUGACAAACAUUGA